AUGAGAGCCACAUUGCUUGUCAUCCUAACGACCUGCUUUGCCGGCGUAACAAUCGCUCAGCAGACGGCAUGUCAGAUCGAACUCUUGAACAUCAAUCAAGAAGUUGUCGACAGCGUCUGCAUCCCUUGCGACAGUACUCGAGCCAUGAGAGACGCUACGGCCCCUCAUGGAGCUGUGAACUACCAGGUACACGUUGACAGCAAUUGUGGUGUCGGGCUGGAUCGUGGCAAUUUGGUGAACGGAGCCACUUUCCGCAGCGCUGGCCCCUGUACCCCAUAG